UAUAUAAUCGUUAAUUUGUGGAAAAAUCCAAAUAAAAUACAGCCACGCGAAACGACCUUCACCUUGUGGCUUAAUAACAAUAAUGGCGGAGGAAGUUCGGCUGGGCAGAACGUCAGCAAGAAAUGCAAAGAAAUAUGAAGAAAAGAAGAGAAUCCGGGUUAAGGAGGAAUUGCAAGCAAGGGCCAAACAAAUUGCUGAAAUAUUAAAGAAAGAUGAAAGUGUAAGGACUCCAGAAGAAGAUGAGGUUUUACAGCAGUCUCCAGAUGUUGUGGCAGAUGUGGAGAGAAGAGCAAAACACAGGAACAAGGUCAAAGAGAGGUUGAUGGAGAUUGAAGACUCCACAGAAGAACUAGAAUCAAAGUGUGACAAACUAGCAGAGGCCAUUAGACAAGCCAAACACCUUGUGAUAUACACUGGAGCUGGCAUAAGCACAGCUGCCUCAAUACCAGACUAUAGGGGACCAAAUGGGGUGUGGACCUUAUUACAGCAGGGAAAAGAAAUAAAGCCUCAGGACCUAAGUGAUGCAGAUCCUACCAUUACACACAUGAGUAUAGCUCAGUUGUAUGAGGAAGGUUUUGUAAAAUAUGUUGUAUCUCAAAACUGUGAUGGGCUUCACCUAAGGAGUGGCCUUCCUAGAGAUGCAUUAUCAGAAGUACAUGGCAACAUGUAUAUAGAGGCCUGCAGUUCCUGUGUUGCGAACAGGGAAUAUAUUCGCCUGUUCGAUGUAACUGAGAAGACUGCAGUCAGGAAACACAAGACUGGCCGCUUCUGUCAUACAUGUGGAAAUGCGCUGAAGGAUACAAUAGUACACUUUGGAGAAAAGGGUGGGCUAAAUUCCCCAUAUAACUGGCAGCUGGCUGUGGAUCAGGUUGAAGAGUGUGAUAUGGUGCUGUGCCUGGGAACAAGUCUUAAAGUUUUGAGGAAGUACCCUUGCUUGUGGAACAUGCACAAAUCUCCAGGGAAAAGGCCCAAGCUUUGUAUAGUUAACCUACAGUGGACACCUAAAGACGAUAUGGCUACAAUAAAGAUAAAUGGAAAAUGUGACAAGGUCAUGCAUUUGGUAAUGGAGAAGUUAGGAAUUUCUAUACCAGUUUACCAAAGAGAAAAUGACCCUAUUUUCCACAUGGCAACUAAAUUAAAAUUAGAGGAAGUUGAAACCACCAGCAAGAAAAUAUUACCAGUCCCUGUGGGGCUACGAAGUAAAGAUUUCUCAUUGAGGAAAAUCAGGAGUAGGCUUGAAAGAGGAGAACAAGAUAAGAUCAGUUCUUCUGAACAGGCCAAAAAUUCCUCACAGUUUGUUAAGACAGAGGCUUGGAGAAACCCUACCAGUCCAAUAAAAUGGGAUAAAGAAAACAGCAAAAAUGAUUGUGUAACCCUAGAGGAUAAUGGCAGCAACUGUGAUGUACUCAGGAAUAUGCUCAAACAGCCACCCAAGUUUCUUAACUCAGUAUUACACAAUUGCAUACCUGACCUGGACUGUGGGCACACUUCUUUGAAUAAACAUGUCCUAUCAGCUUCAGAAAGACAACUCCACAUGUCACCAUUUUCCUGGCAUCUUGCUCAAUCAGCGGUGCAUUGUAAAGGUAUCCGAAGUACAAAUGCUGCAGAAGCAAUAAUGCAAGAUCAUCAGUAUUCUGCAAAGUCCAGCAAAAUGCCCCAUCUUGCUGGUAUGUUAAAAACAAAGUUUUUUCCUAUGCAAACUUUCUAUGAUAAAGCAAACAUAUUUCAGGUGAAACGGAGCCAUGGAUCUGGUGUGACAAAGGACCCGGGUUAUGACUUAGGCUUUAACCAAACACAAAAUAAGAAUUUUCAGGGAUUUCACUCAAAUUUAAUUAUCUCUACAGAAACAAAAGAUUUCAGUAAGUCACCAGUUGAUCUCUUCAGUAGGCCUCUUUCAGCUGCAUAUAGCAGUGAACCACAGCAGCAGUGCACAAAACGGGGAACAAAAAGUGAAAGUGGAUUCUCUUCAUCAGCUGCCACAUCUGGAAGUUCAUCUGCACCGGCAGCAGCACUAGCAGCACCAAACUUUAUGCUGGCAACGGCCAAUUCAUAUCUCUUUUCAUCAAAUCUCUAUGCAACUAAGUCAGGGAAUGAGACAGUAAAGAGCACAAGUCCAAAGUUUUUACACCCUCAGCAUGAAGUCAAUCAAGGGAAAGUCUCUCAGCCUUCUUCAUCACCUCAUGUGUUCAAUUCCAAUACAUCAUCUUCAUCAUCCUCUUUUUAUAAAGUGCAAUAUGGAUUCAGUGUUGAAAACCACAAUAUCCGGGGAGAACCUCAGUUACUACCUCUGGACCUGAGUAAAAGUGCAAGUGUACAAACUGUGUUGCCCAAGCAGGUAAAUAAUGUGUUUUCUCAGGAAAGUGGCAUAGGAUCAUUCAAUCAAAAUGCAGAUACACAAUCUCAGGAUGAAGAGGAUGCUUCACUUAUUACUGACAGUCCAGAAAAAGUUGAAGUUUCUUCUCUAAAGCGCCCCAUUUCAGUGACUACACCCGGUUGGUUUGGAAAAGGACUAAAUGUUAGAAAGGUGAAAAAAAGAAGGUUGACUUGAUACACUGGAUGCCAAACUACUUGUGAUGCCGUAGUUUUUAUGGGAACUGGGUAUAUUUUCUCUUUUUAGAAAACCUUAUCAAGUUUAAUUUUUGACCGGGUUAGAUGGCUACUGAAUUAAUCACAUUUCUGUGAUAAUUAUGGCCAGUGUGGAAACAUUGUUUGAGCUGAAGCUUGCUGUGCACCUGUAUAUAUUUUGAGUCAAGAUCAAAUUGGAUUGCUGUCACGACUAACAUGUUUGCUGUUAUUAUAAUAGAUGUACAGCUUAUAGAAGAUCCUUUGUUGACUUUAUUCUUAUGUUAUAUUUCUAAAUUUCACUCGAGCCUUCUAGGCAUUCUUAAUUGAGCAAUGUGCACAAUGGAGUUUCUCAAGUUGAAAAAGAUUUACUUCAUAUGGGACUAACAGAAAAUGAAUGUUUAGAAAAACCAUGGGGGUCUUGUGGUUAUAGUAUUGUUAAUUUUCAUGCUAGUUCAAUUUCUGGCAUGAUGCAAUUAAUUUUACUGAAAUGUGAAAUAGCUUCGUUAUGAUAAUUCAGUUUUUCAUUUGUUCAUUUCAUUUUUUUCAUGGAAGUGGUUAUUGAGCAUAAACUGAUAUUUUAUAGGUUGUGGAGUUACAAAAUUUUUUAUCCUGAUUUUUUUUUCUCUAUGGCUUCUUAAUUUGAAAUAUGAGUUUGUAAAGUGUUUGUUAAAAAAAAAGGGAAGGUAUUUAAACAUCAUGGCAAUUCCAAUGCAGAAAAAUCUCUUCUUGCUUCCAAAUGUGUGGGUAUUGUAAUAAUAGUACAAAAUGACUCUUGUCAUGUUGAUCAGAUAAUCAUUUCCUUCUUUGGUUUGCUCCUUUAUAAUUCUGUGUGAAGUAGAGCGGUUGUUUCUUUUUUAGUCUGUACUUUUGUUCUACACAGAUGCACAAGUUUUUGGUAAUGUAUAUGCAUAUUGUUACAAAGGUCUGACAAUAAAAUUUCUAAUGGGAAAAAUUUU